AUGUCACUACCAAGAGAUGUUGCACCAGCUAAUGCAAAGUUCACACCCCCAGAGAAAUCAGCCGUAGCAGAUUUAUAUGGCUGCGGAGGUGGCAGGGCAAGAGCAUCACAAAGAAAAUCAAGAACAAGGCGACCAUCAGACAUUCGGUUGGAAGAAAUAGAUGCUGAACCAGAUCCUCCAACGUUUACUCCAGUGUUUACUGUUGAAGAUCCUGUAGAAUUAAACCCUACAUUCGAAGAUGAUGUUGGUGUAUUCGCUGAGGGUGAUGGCUGUGAAGGAGGUGUAGAUGAACUUGGAGGAGACUGGUCAGAGGAUGGUGAAGCUGGAGGAGACUGGCUUGAGGAUGGACUUGGAGGAGGAGACUCGCUUGAGGGUGGCUCAGAUGAACCUGGAGGAGACUGGCUUGAGGAUGGAGUUGGAGGAGACUGGUCUGAUGAUGGUGUAGGUGAACUUGGAGGAGAUUUGCUUGUGGAUGAAUCCGGAGGAGAUUCUGAUGAUGAUGGCAUUGGUGGCGAUGAGCUUGGAGGAGACUCUGAUGAUAUUGGCGGUGAUGAUGGAGGAGUUUUUGAUGGUGGGGUUUCUGGUGUAGAUUUUGAAGGUGGUGGUUCAUGUGAUGUUGGGGGUGAUGUACUUGGAGGAGUGUGUGCAGAUGGCGGAGUGUCUGGUGUUGAUUUUGAAGGAGAUUGUGGUGAUGGAGGGGGUUCUUGUGAUGGUGGUGAUGAACUUGGAGGCGGAGUUUUUGAUGGUGGGGUGUCUGGUGUUGAUUUUGAUGGAGUUUCUGGUGAUGGAGGUGGUUCUUUUGAUGUUGGUGGUGAUGAGCUUGGAGGAGUAUGUGCAGACGGCGGAGUUUUUGAUGAUGGGGCGUCUGGUGUUGAUUUUGAAGGAGUUUUGGGUGAUGGAGGUGGUUCUUGUGAUGCUGACGGUGAUGAACUUGGAGGAGUGUGUGCAGAUGGUGGCGAAUGUGAGCUUGAAUCAGGAGGAGAUCCUGGACAAGGAGGACAAACAGGACAAGGAGGACAAUGCGCUCUAACCGUUGUAAGUGAAGUGAAUAUUAACUGCAAAAAGAAAAACAACGCAUAA